AUGGCGCAUUGGAAUGGCAGAGGGAAACUUGCCUUAUACAUUCAUGGUGCGCGAACGGAACAAGGAGUACGGCUUAUGAUCUAUCGUUUAGCACCGGAACGCAUUGAAUUGGUGGUCGAGCCAGGUUGUUGGUCAUAUGUGGGAAACGUCCAUAAAGUACAACCGCUUUCCCUAGGACAAGGCUGCGAAGCGAUUGGCCUUGCUGCACACGAAAUUGGUCAUGCCCUUGGAUUUUACCACCACCAUGCCAGACAUGAUCGUGACGAGCACCUAAUAAUCGAUGAAACAAAAGUCAAGGCUGGUGAACAUGACCAGUUUAUCAAGCAAACAACUGAGACUAAUGAUAAUUACGGUCUUCCUUAUGAAUUCGGCAGCAUAAUGCAUUACGGUUCGAGAAGGUUUGUUAUUUCUGCAUUGAAGUACCGCGGAAUGAUCGUUUUUAUCAGUUUCUCGGCAGAUAAAUCACGCUGGCACACAAUGAUACCCGUCGACAGAAGGUAUAUUGAAACGCUGGGAUCCCAUUUUGUUUCAUUCUACGAUAAACUCAUGAUGAACACUCAUUACAACUGUCUAGAAAAAUGCAAGUCAAAUCCAUUAGCAGCCAAAUGCGCAAUGGGAGGUUUUCCGAAUCCCAAGGAUUGCUCGAAAUGCGUUUGUCCGGGAGGAUAUGGAGGCAGAUUAUGUAACGAGAGGCCAAACGGAUGCGGAAAUGUGUUACAAGCCACAACAAACUACCUGAAAUUUGAGGAUAUUAUUGGCCAAUCAUGGAUAAAGAAAACAGUCGAAAAUGACUUUUUCCUCAAAUGCCACUACUGGAUAGAGGCUCCUCUAGGAAGAAUCAUUGAAGUAAAGUUCCAUAAUUAUUCGAGUCCGGGUAAGGUUGAUAUUGAUGGAUGCUAUUUUGCUGGUGUCGAAAUCAAAACACAAAAGGACCAGCGAAGCACCGGAUACAGGCAAGUAUUCAAAUCGGAAAGCAACAUCGUGCCUAUUAUCACCUACAGCAGAGUCUGGCCGACCAAGACGGAAUUAUGGUACCGAAUGGGUAGGCGCAAUUAG